GAAAGCAUUUUAAUUAACAAAGAUGGAUCUAUUUUCCCAGGAAAUCGAACGAUCCGAGCUCAAGAAAGGAGACCAUGUAUAUGUUUGGAGGAUGGUACUAUUAUACAAUCACCAUGGAAUCUACGUCGGAGAUGGUAAGAUUAUUCAUUUCGUGGACCCAAGAAUGGAUGGAAGCUUUCUUUCUUCAUCUUCAUCAUCGAGCUCAUUAACUCGUUGCAGGAUGUCGUGUUGUGGGUCAGAAAAAGUAGCUGGUAGUGGAGUACGAAUGUCUUGCAUAGAUUGCUUCAUAGAAAAUGGAUCAUUAUGCCGAUAUAAAUAUCAAGCAGAAAAGUGGUUCGUUGUUUUCAAAUUAAGACGCGGAACAUGCACAACCGCAAGAUCAGAUCGACCAGAAGAAGUCGUACAUAGGGCCACUUAUCUGUUUGAAAAUGGGUAUGUGGAGUAUGAUCUGGAGGACAACAAUUGUGAAGAUUUUGCACUUUACUGUAAGACUGGUCUAUGGAGCACUAAUAAAAGUACCCAAAAGAGGAGCAGCCAAGUGAUAUUUGAUCUUAAUAAAGGCAUUGUUAAACUUAGAGAAUUGGGCGUUCGUAAGGAUGUUGUGAAGGUGCCUGUGGAAGAGCUACGUUUAUUCGUCAGUAGGCUGUGAAUUAAGCUUUCAUAAGUGAUCAGCUCCGGAUGAGUUCCAAGGUAGUUAUGUAAGAAUUGUAUUGUGUAUUUGUGUCUGUUUUAUUACGUUGAAUAAAUAUGUGAUUUCAUUGCUAAAGCCUGUAUAAUCUAUGGAUAUUUAAGUUGAGUAAUUAGCUAGUUGAGAUUUAAAAGAUUUGAGUAUAUAAUAACAGGGAACACAAAUACAAUUCUUGG